AUGUCAGAUUUCAAAGUUAAAACAGGUUUAGCUCAAAUGCUAAAAGGUGGUGUUAUUAUGGAUGUUGUUAAUUCCGAUCAAGCAAAAAUUGCUGAACGUGCUGGGGCAUGUUCGGUUAUGGCGUUAGAAAGAAUUCCAGCAGAAAUGAGAAAAUCAAAUCAAGUUUGUAGAAUGUCAGAUCCAAAAAUGAUUAAAGAAAUUAUGGAAAAUGUUAGAAUACCAGUUAUGGCAAAAGUUAGAAUUGGUCAUAUUGUUGAAAGUCAAAUUUUAGAAGCUUUAGGAGUUGAUUAUAUAGAUGAAAGUGAAGUUUUAACACCAGCAGAUACAAAAUAUCAUAUAGAGAAAUCAAAAUUUAAAGUUCCAUUUGUUUGUGGUGCUAAAAAUUUAGGAGAAGCUUUAAGAAGAAUUAAUGAAGGUGCUGCUAUGAUUAGAUGUAAAGGUGAAGCAGGUACUGGUGAUGUUUCAUCAGCUGUAGAUCAUAUUAGAACAAUUAAAAAAGAUAUUGAAAAUGCUCAAAAAUUAAAAGGAGAAAAAGAAAUUGUUGAAUUAGCUGAAUCAUAUAGAAUUCCAAUUGAUUUAUUAAUUCAAGUUAUUGAAUUAGGUAGAUUACCAGUUGUUAUGUUUGCUGCAGGUGGUGUUGCUACUCCAGCGGAUGCUGCUUUAUUAAUGCAAUUAGGUUGUGAUGGUGUUUUUGUUGGUUCUGGAAUUUUUAAAUCACAAAAUCCUGAAAAAUUAGCAAAAGCUAUUGUUAAUGCAACAACUCAUUAUAAUGAUCCUGUUAAAUUAUUAGAAUAUUCAACUGAUUUAGGUGAUUUAAUGGGUGGUAUUGCAAUUAAUUCAAUUAAAGAAGAUGAAAAAUUGGAAAAAAGAGGUUGGUAA